AAAAGGAGUUACUCUCAUUUGCCUUUCCCCAUUCCACACGUUUAAAAGAGGAUUUAUUCUCUCCCCCGUCCGUCACUACAGUCAUUUCCAGAGCCAAGAAUUUGCUCUGUAAAUAAUCUCUGAUUCCAACCGUUAUCCUUACUCAACACUCUUGCCAUUCAAAACGACCUCCCAAUUCUUCUUCCGUCAAAUUUUCUCUGCUGCCAAAAUUAAAGAACCAUGGCUUCCCCACUCAAGAAUCCCUCAAUCUUGUUCCUUCUCUGCUUCAUACUGCAAUCUUUCUCUGCCUCAAGUAAGUUGUACAAAAAGCUGGCGUCUUUGUCCCUCUGGUGGCUUUGUCUGGCGACCCUUUAAUAUCAUUUUAUUUUAUUUCGUGUUUGUGCAUCCGAAUCGGAACCCUUCAUCGGCGUCAACUAUGGUCAGGUCGCCGACAACUUGCCGCCGCCGGAAAAUACGGCUGGGCUGCUUAAGAAGACCAGUAUUGGGAAGGUCAGACUGUACGGCGCCGACCCCGGGAUCAUUACAGCAUUGGCGAAUACCAACAUUGAGAUUGUGAUCGGAGCUGCCAACGAUGACAUCGGUAAUCUUGCCAGCGACCCGAACAUCGCGGUUAAGUGGGUCAAUGAUAAUGUGAUGCCUUAUUACCAGAAUAGCAAGAUUAUCGUCGUCACCAUUGGUAACGAGGUUAUGAGCUCAGGGAAUCAGAAUCUUAUCUCCAACCUCUUGACUGCUAUGGAGAAUGUCCAAAAUGUCCUCAAUAAUAUAUCUACAUUGACUGACGGAAAAAUAAAGGUGUCCACGGUGCACUCAAUGGAAGUAUUGAGUAAAUCUGACCCGCCCUCUUCGGGAGCAUUUAACUCUACUAUUGCUGACACAAUGAAGCUAUUACUGCAAUUCCACAGUGUUACCGGUUCACCUUUCAUGAUCAACCCGUAUCCUUAUUUUGCUUACCAGAGUGAUCAAAGGAACGAAACAUUGGCUUUCUGUCUCUUCCAACCCAAUGAAGGCCGAGUCGAUAAUGGAAAUCAGAAAAAAUAUACGAACAUGUUUGAUGCUCAGGUGGAUGCAAUUUAUUCAGCCUUGAACGCAAUGGGAUUCAAUGAGGUUGAAAUUGUAGUUGCAGAGACUGGUUGGCCUACCAAAGGUGAUCCUACCGAAGCAGGUGCCACCGUGGAAAAUGCAAAAGCAUAUAAUGGGAACUUGAUAAAUCAUCUCAGGUCUAUGGUUGGUACGCCUCUAAUGCCUGGGAAAUCAGUUGAUACUUAUAUCUUUGCCCUCUAUGAUGAGGAUUUGAAGCCAGGUACUGCCUCUGAAAGGUCAUUUGGGAUGUUCAAACCCGACCUUUCCAUGGCCUAUGAUAUUGGCCUUCUCAACACUUCUCAGACCCUGUCAGCUGCUCCAGUGGGUCUCGCGACUUCGUCUCCGGUUGAAUCCGUUACUCCCGCUCCAACCACUGUGGUGAACCCACUUUCUCCAGCUUAUCAAGCAGGAGUAAGCGCUGGAAAUGCAGUUUCUUGCAGAGACUCGCAUUCACUCCAACUCAUCCUAGCCAUUGUAGUGGGUGCACUUAUGAUGGAAGACAAGCUUUUAGUUCAAAAUGCUUGGCAACACAUACGCAUAAAAUAGGAAACCUAUUUGUUUAUAAUAUAAGUUUAUCCGGAAGUUUCCCUGAAAUUUCCGAGAAGUGUUUAUGUGUACCAUAGUUCAUUUGUGAACCAUAUAUAUGAAAUACGUAUGUAAUUGUAUCUUUUCUCUUCCUGUAAUUUCAUUGUACUUUGUAGCAGAUAAAUUGAUAA